GACGUUACAGGUAAGCACAAGGGUUCCUAAAUCGACGCCUAAAGUGACCACGGGUGAAAAAGGAUUGACAACUAAAGUCACCACCCGUGCGCAGGGGUCGACUUCUGAAGUCGCUACCAUAAUCACAGAAGCAGAUUCGACACAUGUCGUAUCGACUCUCCACGAGACAACAAUGGCGCCAAAGCUGACGGAGCCUGCGGCAAAUUGUCAGGAGAUCUUGGAUGCUGGUAUAAGCACUAGCGGUGUAUACACCAUUCAGCAUAACGGUGAGACCAUGCAGGUCUACUGCAGUAUGGAGUCUGGUGCCGGCUAUAUAGUGUUUCAACGACGCAUCAACGGCUCCGUUAGCUUCAACCGCACUUGGCAGGAGUACGCCGAGGGUUUCGGCGAUCUGACCGGGGAGUUCUGGCUGGGCAACGAGAAGCUGUAUGAUCUGACUCGUACUGGCAAAUGGGAGCUGGUCAUUACUCUGAGGGCGUUCGAUGGACAGAAUGCCACGGUUCGUUAUGAGGACUUUAAAAUAGAGUCAGUGGGUGAAAAGUACAAGCUUGAGAUCGACGAUUUCCAUACGGUUGCAGAACAUGCAGGUGAUUCACUCCACAACGGGCAGGAAUUCUCGACUGAGGACCGCGACAACGGCGACUCUGGAAGUAGAAACUGCGCUGCAAUGUUCCAUGGGGGCUGGUGGUACAAGAAAUGUAAUAGCAACAAAUUCAAGAGCAACUUGAACGGCUUGUACCACAGCAGCCCAGAUGUCAGUGACUACCAGGGGAUACAGUGGGUCUCCUGGAGAGGGAAAAAGUACUCUCUGAAAGGGUGUGAAAUGAAGAUGAGGUGCAGGACUGAGCCUGGUGGAACAAGUCGGUGAAGAUGAACCUCGAAUGAGCUUUUGCCCGCUCGACGUAAGAAUACCCGUCAGAAUACACUGGAAAAAAAUCAUAUCAACAGGAAAUUAUAUGGCAGUUAAUUAUGCCAAUGGUGAUUUCCUGUAUCAUAUACCACACAGUCAAUACGAAUGUAAAAAGCGAGUUAACCGAAUUUAUGGCAAGUGGUUCCCUUGCCUAUAAUUUCCCGUGCAUUUAUGGAAAAUUGUGGGCAUCCAUUUCAGCCAGCAGGUAUUUCACGUCAAAUGAUGAGAUUUUGAUUUCUACAUAGCGGGGCUUUAAUAUUGAUUGUCUGGCAAGUAGCCAGAGUCUUGACUACUUGUUGCAAAAUAGGAAUGUUCCGUGUAGGUUCC